GGAUCAGCGUGCAGCGCCACCACACCGUGCAGCUCACGUUCGACGACUUCGACGUGGAGCCGCACACCAACUGCUCCUUCGACUACGUCGCCGUCCGGGACGGGUGGUCGCGACGCUCGCCGCUGCUGCUGAAGCACUGCGGCAACCGCGUGCCCGAGCCGCCCACCGUUACCUCCACCGGCAGCAGAAUGCUCGUCCGACUCAAGGCCGAUGGCUCCGUGGCCGCCAAGGGAUUCGUCGCUAACUACACCAUGGGUUGCGGCGGCACCAUCAACGUCACAUCCAUGGAUCACAUUUCGUCGCCGAACUUCCCGAUGACGCACAUGGGCAGCCUGAACUGCACCUGGAUCCUGCAAGCCCCCCGGCCCGGCGACCACGUGUGGAUGCAGUUCAACGCGCUGAUGCUGCACAGCCAGCUGCCUUCUGCCAACUGUUCCUACGACUACCUGGAGGUGCGGGAGGGCACCGGCCCGGACGGACCCGUGCUGCACCGCUACUGCAGGUCACAGCUGCCGCCGGCGGUGACCUCGCGCGGCGGCGCACUUCGGCUCCGGCUGCAGGUGUCGGCCGGCGUCGGAGUCCUCUUCAGCGCCGGCUUCUCCAACGUCUCCACCGGCUGCGGCGGCCGCCUGGCUGCCGAGACUGGCCUGCUCGCCUCGCCCAGCUACCCCGACAGCUACCCCAACGACGUCGAAUGCUGGUGGAAAAUCUACGCCUCUGCGGGCAACGGCAUCCACCUCAGCUUCCGCACAUUCCAGAUCGCUGAGACAGACUUUUGCAACGGCGAUUAUCUAGAGUGGAGCUCUGUAUUGAAUGUGCACUUCAAAAGCCAGCAUAAGUAG